GCGUAUUACUGCUAAGCAGGCACUGAAACACCCGUGGUUCAAAGAAACCCUCAUCGAUGAUGGAACGGAAGCUCUCCGGAUCGGAUACCAGCUCCAGCGCAGCGGGCGGCCACGAGGAUGAUCUGUCCCCUCUUCCCCAAGCAGAUCUCUCUUGUUUUCCCUCUCCUCAUUCGGCCACCCAUUCGUGUUGUAACGGUAUUUGCUAUGGAUAGAGGACCUCUUUUUUUUUUCUUUUUCUUUUUUUUUUUUCUUGGUUAAUGGGUGUCGGAUGGUGCAGUGUGUUCCACGAGGAUCUUCGAGACUAUCGCGACGCGUUAUGAAAAUAUUUUAUCCUUGUCCCUUCAUUUUUCUUAUUUUUCUCAUUUCUGCACUUUUAUUUCUGCCGGGGAUGGAGUUGCAUGUUUUUACUUCUAUGAUUUCGGGGGACGGAUCUAUGGCACACCGCGAGGAGAUUACCAGAGUCGACUUCUAUUUAUCCGGUUAUUAUUCUUCAGCAUUCAUUUGUGAUAUGAACAGUGGCGCUGGGUUUCUUGCAUGGUGCUCUCUAUUCAGCAUGUUAGAUAAUUAUGAGUUCUGCUUGUGCAGUUACUGUGGUCUAACCACUUGGUCGAUGACGCACUCUCCACUCUCUCUCCACUGUAGUCGUUCUCCACUGUAACUAGUACUGUUUCUUAAUAAUCUUCUAAUACUCUCCAUAUAACUACAACGUAUCGUCCACCUACUUUACGUUUAUCUCUUUUAUUUAUUUCUUAAAAAAGAAAGAAAAUGGUCUU